GGACUUGAGAGACUCCAGUUUUGUUAUAACUAAAAUGGCACACCUUUCUUGAAGUAUAUCGCUAACCAAAGGAACGCACCGGGUUCAUGGUUUCGGGAUUCUCAUGACUAUCUGUCUGUGUAUCAUUUUCUCUCUCCCCCUUUCUCUGCCGGAUUCUUGACGACGCAGAUUACCCUCGCCGGAAAUUCGACCCCGCCGUCAAUGGGUCGUGAUUUCCGCAUUAACGUUAACCACCACAGCGCACCCUCCUCGCCGACCGCCUCCACCCACCGACCGCCCACACCUACCGACCUCUCGUCGCCGUUCAGCGAGAUCGAAGGCCUCGAUCGCGAUGAGCUCCGCGAGGCGGCCUACGAGGUCUUCUUCACGGCAUGCCGGUCGUCGCCGGGCUUCGGCGGCCGGAGCGCCCUCACGUACUACAACUCCUCAUCCAUCGACACCGCCGACCCAUACGGCGCCUGCCCCGGGUCUCCGGGGAAGCAUAACGGCGUCGGAAUGGCGGUCACCAGCCGUGUCAAGCGGGCCUUGGGCCUCAAGAUGAUGAAGAAGACGCCGUCGACGCGGCGGACCAACUCAUGCGGGGCGGUGCCGAUGCCCACAUCCCCGAACUCGAUGGCGCCAGGGCCGUCGAGCCCCAGGUUCGGCUUCACAGUGCCAAACGCAUCGAGGUCGUGCCGGCCACUCACGUCCGCAGAGAUCAUGCGGCAACAGAUGAAGGUGACGGAACAGAGCGACAAUCGGCUCCGGAAAACUCUCAUGAGGACUUUAGUUGGCCAAAUGGGGCGGCGGGCAGAGACGAUCAUCCUCCCGUUGGAGCUGCUCCGCCACCUAAAGCCGUCGGAAUUUAGCGACGCAGUCGAGUACCACAUGUGGCAACAACGGCAGCUGAAAAUCCUAGAGGCCGGACUAGUUCUCCACCCAUCCAUCCCUCUAGACAAAAUGGACGCAUUCGCCACCAGGUUCAAAGAGAUUCUCGACUCCUCCGACCAGAAGGCCAUCGACACCGGAAAAAACUCUGCCACCAUGCGAGCCCUCUGCAACUGCGUGGUGUCGCUGGCCUGGCGCAGCCCCAACGGUGGCAGCACAGAUGUCUGCCACUGGGCCGACGGCUACCCUCUCAACGUCCACAUCUACACGGCCCUCCUCGCCUCCAUCUUCGACUCCAAGGAGGAGACCAUGGUGCUCGAUCAAGUCGAUGAGUUGCUCGAGCUGAUGAAGAAAACAUGGUCCACUUUGGGAAUCAACAGAUCCAUCCACAACCUCUGCUUCACUUGGGUUCUUUUCGAGCAAUUCGUGGCGACUGGGCAAGUCGAGCCGGACCUCCUUGCCGCAUCCUUCGCCAUGCUCACCGAGGUUGCUAGCGAUGCUAAGAAAUCCGAUCGAGAUCCUUACUAUCUCAAGAUGCUGGCGCGAGGUCUGAACUCGAUGAAGACGUGGACUGAGGCAAGGUUGCUUAAUUAUCACCACAAUUUUAAUAGAGAAACUGUUGGAUUAAUGGAGAAUAUGCUUCCUUUGCUCUUCUCCGUUACCAAGAUCUUGGAAGAGGAUGUGCCGGCUUACGUCGCUUCUAGCCAGGAAAAGGAUGAAAACGGCGAUGAAUCGUCUGGAAAUCGAGUCGAUUAUUACAUCCGAUCGUCCCUCAAGAACGCAUUUGAUAAGGUGGUAGAAGAUAAAGACGCGUCGGGGUUGAUAAGGGAUGGCGAAGUGCAGGAGGCAAGCGAGCUGCUAAUGAAGCUAGCUCGGAAAACGGAAGAGCUGGCAAUGAAGGAGAAGGACAUUUUCAGCCCUCUUCUGAAGAGAUGGCACCCCAUCGCUACCGGAGUUGCAGCCGUGACGCUGCACAGCUGCUACGGGGGUUUGUUGAAGCAAUUUUUGGCGGGAAAAUCGCCGAUGUUGAAUGAGAUCGCGAUUGUUCUGCAGAGGGCCGGGAAGCUCGAGAAGAGCCUGGUGCAGCUGGUGGUGGAGGAUUCCGUCGAGUGCGAGGACGGCGGCAAGGCAAUUGUAAGGGAGAUGGUUCCUUACGAAGUCGAGACCAUUAUGCACAAACAGCUGAAGCAAUGGAGCCAAGAUAGGUUGUCGAAAGGGAAGGAGAAUAUCUUGAGAGCGAAGCAAACUGAAACAUGGAAUCCCAAGUCACAACACGAACCCCACGCUUAUUCAGCUGUAGAGGUGAUCUCGUUCGCGAAGGAGGCCAUUGAGAAUUUCUUCGAUAUUCCCAUCCCAAUAAUCGAGAGCUCGUUCCAUUAUCUCAUCGACGGGGUGCAGAACAUCUUCCGCGAAUACAUCGCUUUCGUUGCCUCAUGUGGAACGAAGCAAAACUACAUGCCCACACUUCCUCCGUUAACACGGUGUAGCCGCGACUCGAAGUUUGUGAAGCUCUGGAAAAGGGCUGCAUGCAGCGUCGGAGUAGAGGAUCUCAGCCAGAUCCUCUCUGGCGGCGGCGGCAACCAUCUCCGGCCAACAACGAGCCGCGGAACACAACGUCUCUACAUAAGGCUAAACACAUUGCACUACCUCGUCGCCCAGCUGCAAACACUGGACAAAUCAGUCUCCAUGUCGCCCAAAGUUCUCUCCAACAAAAGUCUCUCCUCCAAGAAAAAAUCCCCAUCCCACUUCAAAACCAGUCUGUCCACAUUACAGCUCGCCUGCCGGCACGUCUCGGAGGUGGCUGCGUACCGCCUCAUAUUCCUCGACUCCAACUCCGUCCUCUAUGGAAGCCUCUACAUCGGGGGCGUAGGCAACACGCGCAUCAACCCGGCUCUGAGAGUCCUCAAGCAGAACCUCACCCUCCUCUGCGCCAUAGUCACCGAGAGAGCUCAGCCUAGGGCGCUCAAGGAAGUGAUGAAGGCCUGCUUCGAGUCAUUUCUCAUGGUGCUUCUAGCCGGCGGAAACAACAGGAUGUUUUGCCGGCUAGAUCACCCCGCCAUUGAGGAGGACUUUGACCUCCUCAAGUCGUUGUUCUGCACGAUCGGAGAGGGUAUGAUCGUGGAGGACGUUGUCGAGAGGGAGUCUGAGGUGGUGCAGGGGGUGGUGGCCCUCAUGGGGCAUCCGACAGAGCAGUUAGUCGAGGAUAUCAGUAGCGUUGCUACUGAAACCUGUGGACUAGGCGGCGUGGGGCAGAAGAUCCCCAUGCCGCCGACCACGGGAAAGUGGAACCGCUCGGAUCCCAACACCAUAUUGAGGGUGCUCUGUGCUAGGAAAGAUCGAGCUGCUACUCAUUUUCUCAAGAAAACAUUUCACUUAGCUAAGAGAGGGAGUGGCAUUAGGAUUAUUUGAAAUAUUCUCUUUUCACUUUUUUUUCUUCAAUCCAUAAACAACACAAAUCUAGUUAGAGUGCCGAAUGUAAAUAAAUUUGCUUUAUUCUA